UCGAAGAGAUUGCAAAUGAGAUUGAAAAUCCAUUUGGUACAGAUCCGAAUGAUUUAAAACUUGACCAAUACUGCGAACUUCUUGGUAUGGAGUUAGACUUUGUUGGGUCACAUAAAAAAAUAAAAAGUCAGUGGGAAGAGACAGCAAAGAGAGCAAAGACUUCAGAAUUUAAUGAAUCAAAUGAAUUAGAUAUUAAAAAAGAAUCUAAGGAGGAAAUUUCUGUCGUAACGGAGAAGUAA